AUGAAGAAAAAAUUUACGAGUCUAGACGAGCAAGAUCCAGUAACAUGGCUACAAGAUAUCGAAGAAUUGUUCGACGCCACAAAGACCGACAAGACCGGUCGACGAAGAUUUCUGUCAAUGUGUUUUGAUGCCGAUGUGAAGAAAUGGUAUCGUAGUAGAGAGCAUACGAGUGAUUAUGAUGAAUUUAAGAGCGAAUUCAUCCGCGCAUUUUCACCAUCGGCACAGAAACUAAAAAUCUCAUCGAAAUUAAUCANACUGUGUACACGAUUCAAUCCGGACAUGCAGGAUGAAGAAAAGAUGGUGUAUCUGCUACGUGGACUGAAGCCGUCGAUACAGCAGCACGUAAUAAGCAAUAAUCCAAAACAAUGUGCAGAUCUGCUGGAACAAGCACAACGGGUAGAAGCGGCAGCCGCAAUCACGCAACUACAACCAACAGUCGCGACCACAACAAGAACCGAUUCCAUCGAAGAAACGACAGCGGCUCUCCGUCGAAUAACAAUUAAUUCCGACAAUCGUCAAAAUGACUAUGCUAGUCGUAAUAAUCAACGCUAUUCGAAUUAUGAUCAUCGAUGGCCUCAACAAUAUUACAACAGAUGUACUAUUGGGUGGCGAUUUUUGUGA